AAGUAUCACGUGACUGCCCUCCGGCUCGUCCCUCCUCUUUCCCCUCCCCAGGCCCCGGCGAGCGCUGGUGUGGACCGGAGGCUCUCGGCCCCGCGGAGUAACUGGAGCACGGACGUUGCAGCCGGUUAGGACGGUGCCCUUUCCAGCUCUGGAAAGGAAGAGAAAUGGAAGUGAAAAAGUUGAGCAUUUCCUGGCAGUUCUUGAUAGUUCUGGUUCUGAUCCUGCAAAUUCUGUCUGCGUUGGAUUUUGACCCAUACAGAGUCCUAGGGGUCAGCCGAACAGCCAGUCAGGCUGAUAUUAAAAAGGCUUAUAAGAAGCUCGCCCGGGAAUGGCAUCCUGACAAAAACAAAGAUCCUGGAGCAGAAGACAAGUUCAUUCAAAUUAGCAAAGCUUACGAGAUUCUUUCCAAUGAAGAAAAGAGAUCACAUUAUGACCACUACGGAGAUGCCGGGGAGAACCAGGGCCACCAGAAGCAGCAGCGAGAGUAUCGCUUCCGCCAUUUCCAUGAGAAUUUUUAUUUUGACGAACCGUUUUUUCACUUCCCUUUUAAUUCUGAGCGGCGAGACUCAAUUGAUGAAAAGUAUUUAUUGCACUUUUCACAUUAUGUGAACGAAGUGGUUCCAGAUAGCUUCAAGAAACCCUACCUCGUUAAGAUCACCUCAGAUUGGUGCUUUAGCUGUAUCCAUAUUGAGCCUGUUUGGAAGGAGGCAGUUGAAGAGCUGGAAGGGUUGGGCGUAGGAAUCGGCGUGGUCCACGCUGGCUACGAGAGACGCCUGGCCCAUCACCUGGGAGCGCACAGCACACCAGCUAUCCUAGGAAUCAUAAAUGGAAAAAUCUCAUUCUUCCAUAAUGCAGUUGUCCGCGAGAACCUGCGACAGUUUGUAGAGAGUCUUCUUCCGGGGAACUUGGUGGAGAAAGUUACAAAUAAAAAUUAUGUCAGAUUCCUCUCUGGCUGGCAGCAAGAGAAUAAACCGCAUGUCCUUCUGUUUGACCAAAUGCCCGUUGUACCACUGCUCUACAAGUUGACUGCUUUCGCAUAUAAAGAUUAUUUGUCAUUUGGAUACGUGUAUGUCGGUCUGAGAGGGGCGGAAGAGAUGACAAGGCAAUACAACGUCAAUGUCUAUGCCCCCACCAUCCUGAUCUUUAAAGAACACAUACACAAGCCUGCAGAUGUUAUCCAGGCCCGAGGUAUGAAGAAACAGGUCAUUGAUGACUUUAUCACCCAAAACAAGUAUCUGUUGGCAGCCAGGCUCACCAGCCAGAAGUUGUUCCAUGAACUCUGCCCCGUGAAACGGUCUCACCGACAGAGGAAGUACUGUGUGGUUUUACUGACCACUGAGGCUACCAAGUUGAGUAAACCCUUCGAGGCUUUCCUGUCCUUUGCUCUGGCAAACACACAGGACACAGUGAGGUUCGUGCACGUCUACAGCAAUCGGCAGCAGGAGUUUGCCAACACCUUACUGCCAGACAGCGACACAUUUCAAGGAAAAUCAGCGGUGUCUAUCUUAGAAAGGCGCAACACAGCAGGGAGGGUGGUGUAUAAAACCCUGGAGGAUCCCUGGACCGGGAGUGAGAGCGAUAAAUUCAUCCUUUUGGGUUAUCUUGACCAACUGCGGAAAGACCCAGCUCUUCUGUCCUCGGAAGCUGUGCUCCCCGACUUGACCGAUGAACUUGCCCCUAUUUUUCUCCUUCGGUGGCUCUAUUCUGCUUCUGACUACAUCUCAGACUCUUGGGACAGCAUAUUUCACAGCAACUGGCGGGAAAUGAUGCCCCUUCUGUCCCUGGUCUUCUCUGCCCUCUUCAUCCUGUUCGGCACCGUCAUCAUCCAGGCUUUCAGCGACUCAAAUGAGGAGCGAGAGUCAAGCCCUCCAGACAAAGAGGAAGCCCACGAGAAGACCGGGAGGACAGAGCCAAGCUUCACCAAGGAGCCCAGCAGCAAGAUUCCUAAAAAAGGCUUUGUGGAGGUGACCGAGCUCACAGAUGUAACGUACACCAGUAACUUGGUACGCCUGAGGCCAGGCCACAUGAACGUGGUCCUCAUCCUGUCAAAUUCCACCAAGACCAGCCUGCUGCAGAAAUUCGCUUUGGAGGUCUACACGUUUACUGGGAGCAGCUGCCUGCACUUUUCCUUCCUGAGUCUAGAUAAACACAGAGAAUGGCUGGAAUACUUACUAGAAUUUGCUCAAGAUGUGGCCCCGAUCCCAAACCAAUACGACAAGCAUUUCAUGGAACGUGACUACACGGGCUACGUACUGGCUCUGAAUGGCCACAAGAAAUACUUCUGCCUCUUCAAGCCCCAAAAAACAGUCGAAGAGGAGGAAGCCAUGGGGUCGUGCAGUGACCUUGACUCUUCCCUCCAUCUGGGUGAAUCUCGAGGGAAAUCUUCUGGCCUUGGAUCUAGGCCCAUCAAAGGAAAAUUGAGCAAGUUGUCCUUAUGGAUGGAACGGCUGCUGGAAGGCUCCUUACAGAGGUUUUAUAUCCCGUCAUGGCCUGAACUAGACUGAGAAUUUCAAAAAGAGGCUCGAACUCUUCAGACUUUUUAACAGGCCCCUGUGAACAGGUAUUUUCAGGACUCAAACUAUCACAAUGGACAGAGUAUAGAUUUUAGAUUAUUCUUCCAGAACAGUGGCUAGAAGAAUCUUUCCUUUGUCCUGUUCUAACCUAGGAGUGAAAAACACCACAUGCUGAAUUGCCCAGAUCAGAAUACUUUCCUUUGGGUCUUUUUUCCUCAUUUGAAUGCCACACUAUUUAAAACAGACUGCUCAUUCCCUCUUCCUUUGUCGCCCCGCCCCGUGCUCGCCCCCGCCCCUCCCCUGUCCUGUCUCUGUGCUGUGGGACAAGCACAGGGCUGGACCCUGCAGCAGAGCCUGGGGGGACCUCGCGAGCCUGGUGUGCCGGUCGGGCCAUCUGUCCCCCGCCCCGCCUCGGCCGUGCUUCUGCCGCGGUGCAUGCUGUAACGGUGGGACAACCCACCGCAGCUUCUGGGCCCUGUGUCUCAAAAGAGGCCUAGUUCCAAGCGACCUUACGUUAAUGGUUUUUUUGGUAGUAAAUGGCUAAAAGUAUAUUUGGGGGGUAUCCUCCUACAACAGCUUGUCAGCCACGGUUUUAAAAGGUUAGGACUGCGUGGGGUUUCUGCACGUAUGUUUGGUUUUCUUCCCAAGACGAGAGAAGGGAGGGCUGGGCAGUGCCCGAGUGAUGCCUUCGUGAGCAUCCCAUCAGCCCCCUCCCGAACACUAAGAGUAGCUGGGGAGGGAUCCGCGUGGCAAGAAGUUCUGUGAUGGCCUUGAGCCAUUUACCUGUAUGUUUUCAGAUGCCUUUCUGCCUCUGUCAGUUUUAGGGUGUGGAUAUUAGGAGCCAUAACUUGUAAUCUUGCUCUCUGAACGUAGAGGUAAGCUGCUAUAAGCCAGUAGAUGUUAAACUGACGACACAUUAUUCCUGCCGUGAGUCAGGCUCAAGGAACCUCUUCCCUACAGUGAUGUCUCUUUAGUAAAAUAUCAGACAUAUCUUUGUAUCAAGGAACUUAAAAUUUCUCAGCAAUUGUAUUUUGAAUACUGUUAGCCCAAAAGUGCUGUAUCUUCAAGUCCUCUUUGGUGACAAGUGAGCCAGGACACGUUCUAGACUCCUGUUUUGCUCACUUUGAGCUUCUGGCCUAUAUAUU